CACCACAACAACAGGCAUAUCAACAACACAGUUUAGCCGGAAACAACACUUCACGUGUUGCGGCUAGUGUGGAUCCUGCCAGUAGCAGCAACACCAACACAAGUCUGGGUUAUCCUCACAACAGCAACAGCAACAGCAACAACUUCACAUCGUUUCUAUUACCCACGCAUAUGAACAGUAAUGGCAGCUAUAUGGGCAGUGGUGGUGGUGUCGACGGUAGUAUGUUGCUCACCGACUCUGCCUCCUCUGCAAACACCUUUCUUAGCUCCAGCGGCAACAAUACCCUAGUCGAUGGCUUUAUGGUCGAUCAUCUGCCAUUGCAAUUAAUUACCAGCACAACACCCAAAGUAAAUCUCGAUAUAGAAAUCGAUAUUCAGCUUUUAACCAGCGACUAUGAUGGCACCACGAUAACCACAUAUUUUAAUGAAACAUCAUGGAUAAACCCCUCAGAAACAGAUACGAUAUUGGGUGAGGAUCCCGAAGUGGAGUCUCUUGUAUCAUUAAUUGUUGUUGGCAUUUUCCUAUCUGUGCUGAUAUUCCUGUCAAUUGCCGGAAAUAUACUCGUCUGCCUCGCCAUUUAUACGGAACGCAGUUUGCGUCGCAUUGGGAAUUUAUUUCUGGCAUCAUUAGCAAUAGCGGACUUAUUUGUGGCAUCGCUGGUGAUGACAUUUGCUGGAGUUAAUGAUUUGUUGGGUUAUUGGAUUUUUGGUGCACAAUUUUGUGAUACAUGGGUAGCCUUCGAUGUGAUGUGCUCGACGGCGUCCAUACUGAAUUUAUGUGCAAUAUCCUUAGACCGUUAUAUACAUAUAAAGGAUCCACUGAGAUAUGGACGAUGGGUCACACGACGUGUAGCUGUAAUCACAAUAGCAGCCAUUUGGCUGUUGGCCGCCUUUGUUUCAUUUGUGCCCAUCUCCCUGGGACUACAUAGGCCGGAUCAACCGUUAAUUGUGGAGGAUAAUGGCAAAAAGUAUCCCACAUGUGCAUUGGAUUUAACGCCCACAUAUGCAGUCGUCUCCAGCUGUAUCAGUUUUUAUUUUCCAUGCGUGGUGAUGAUAGGCAUCUACUGUCGGCUCUAUUGCUAUGCCCAGAAACAUGUGAAAUCAAUCAAAGCCGUCACCCGUCCAGGCGAGGUGGCCGAAAAGCAACGCUACAAAAGCAUACGACGAACUAAGCCGCAGGAAAAGAAAAAAUUUAAAGUUCGCAAUCUGCAUCACAGCUCACCGUAUCAUGUGUCCGAUCAUAAGGCAGCCGUGACGGUGGGUGUCAUCAUGGGUGUCUUUCUCAUCUGUUGGGUGCCCUUCUUUUGUGUGAACAUAGUGGCGGCAUUUUGCAAGACCUGCAUUGGUGGACAGACCUUUAAGAUUCUCUCAUGGCUGGGCUAUUCCAAUUCGGCCUUCAAUCCCAUCAUCUAUUCCAUAUUCAAUAAGGAGUUUCGUGAUGCAUUCAAACGCAUACUAACCACACGCAAUCCUUGGUGUUGCCAUCAGGAUAUAGGCAACAUACAUCCACGCAACAGUGAUCGCUUUGUCACCGAUUAUGCGGCGAAACAUGUGGUGGCCAUGAAUUCGGGCCGUUCAUCGGCUGAACUGGAGCAGGUCUCUGCAAUAUGACCAAAACGCAAUGGCAGCAGUGUUAGCCAUCAUCAUCAUCAUCAUCACGAUUAUGCCUCCAGCUUGGCAUGCUGUGUAUCGCGGGCCUCGGAUGCUGCCUCGUUAACGGUGACACCAUAUGGCCCCUGAGAUUCGGUGACAGUGGCUUCGGCGACCAUAGUCGUGGAGUCACUGGAUAACAAUAAAUGUGGCGAUAAUAAGCAAAUGGAGACGGUGUUGGUUUAGAAGGAGACUUUGGUGUAAAGAGGCGAGAGAGAGAGAGAGAAAGCAAGGAUGAAAGACACAACACAUACGACAAGAAAUGUUUCACUGGACAACUGCUUCUCUACUACCUACCACAAAACUGAGCAAUCUAGUAACGAUAUUAUCAUUCACACACACACACAAUCACAUCGCAUCGCAUUGGCAUCUUCUUGUAUAACUGUACAGCACACAUCAAUACAUACGAACCUAUGAAAAACCACAACAAGUAACUGGAUUACAGGGUGAGCGUUAAAACAAAUCAUUUCCUUACAUUUAAGUAGAAAAUUAGUUUGCAAAUUAAUUUAUUUGACUACCGCCCCUCCCCCCCCCCCACAACCAUCAAAACAUCAGGGGUCGGGGUCAAAACAAAAGGCUACAAAAAAAGUUAAACUUCACCAUAUCCUUGAGAAGAAAACAACAAAAACCAAAAAGUUAAAAAUCACUUAAAAGUAUUUAAGCAACUCUACCAAAGAAUGAAAAACCCAAAAGAAACUAAGAAAAAAAAGUAUUUAAAUUUAAGCCACUAUUUUUAUGUUCCUAUGAAAUUAAACUUAACCCAAAGAAUUACUCCCUCCCCCCUUUCAAAGAGUAGCUAUAAGUCAACGUUAGCAAUAUAUGGUAGUCUCUUAAACAUAAUAAAAAUAACAACUAAACGAGUUAAUCUCUGUAAAGUGAUAGGGGAUGAUCUAAGGAAUUAUUCUAAGCUUGUA